AUGAUAUACGGAAAAGACGAAGAACAGAACACCAGUCCUCGGGAGCAGGUUUAUCAUCAUCACGAUGUUUUUCCUGAUGAUAUCUUGUAUCAAAUUUUUUCCUAUUCAUUACUUCCGAUUAUACAAUUUCAUUAUUCCCUCGUUUGUAAGCAAUGGUAUCAUCUCACCAACAAUGAAACAUUUUAUAGAAAUUAUUACGACAUUCAUUCCACGAGCGGAUUGAAUGAAUUUUUGAAUCCCACCACCACUCAUUCCGAUCCAAUGAACUAUUUAUUUGAUUGGAGUGAAUGUGUGAGUCAUCUCUAUCCAGAACAAUAUGAAGCCUUACAACAAUUAAAGAAAAAUAUUCAUGUAGAGGAUGUGAAUAAUGAAUGGUCGGAUUCUCAGUUUAAAUCAUUGAAGAGAAUUGUUAUUAUCAUGGAAAAUGGAAAUAGGAUUGUUUCGUUCUUUGUUGGGAGAUCGUCGUGGCAAAGCGAAGAUCUUACAUUUUUUGCAUCAGCAAAAGAUAACCCAGUACUAAUGGAAAGUACAGUCAAGCAAGAGAGUUACACAAUGGAGGUCUCUCCCUACAGAACCUUGCACGGAUAUUAUAUGUCUUAUGAUAAGCAAUGGUUUUUUGAGCAACUCAAAACGGUUAUUUCCAAUUUGGGAGAAGAGUUGUUUCUCAACCUUAUGGAAUUUAUUGUCCCCAACGUUGGGGCUUCCAGAAACCAUUAUGUAUGUGAUUUUAAUCCCUAUAUCGUGGGCCUUUCAAAAUUUUGUGAGGAUGCACACCGUAUUAAGAGUUACAUGAUCAACGACACACUUCUUAAAAGAGUUUUACGAAAUUGUCAAAAGGAAACAGGUGUGGAAAGAGUGUGGCAUCGCCUGCUUCAUUGUGGCUACAGAUUUGUCAACGAGAAUUCAUUACAUCAAUUUUUCUUUCAUGAGAGAGAAAUAUUGGGAAGUGCUUCACGCUUACAAUUUCUCGUGCAUUAUUGCAAAUAUUGUAACAUGGAACAUGUGGCUGAAAAACUAAUUAAUAAUCAUAUUGUGGAAAUCGUCGAAGAGAGGGCUAAUCUUUGCCCAAUGUUGCUUCAAAAUAAUGUGAUAUUAAGGAAAGAUAUAUAUGAGAAAGGGGAGACCUGUAUAUCAACACCUCAAACGGUACAGGAUGAUGACUCAGUGAUCGAUAUUCUGCAAGCAAGAAAGAAAUUCUUUUCCAAAAUUGACUUUUCACAAGAUGUAUUGAGACGAGCUUGUCUGGACGCAAAUCGAGUUAUUAUGGUAUACGACUCCAAGUCGGAACAGGAGAAAUUCAAAACACUUUUCGAUCAGUACUAUCCAUUUCUGCAAAAUCGUCAUUACUUGUUGUCAACGAAAUCAAAAAAGAAGAAGAAUGAGUUGGUGACACCUGAAAUUCUCGAGAAUUGUGAUGCAGUUGUAUUUAGUGUGUCUAGUAUUCCUGAUGAACAGUAUGCUUCAAAAUAUCGUGAGGCUUUGAAAAUGUUACAUGGUACAAAGAAGAGAGUGGUGUUUGGAUUCUGUAAACCAUCAAAUUUACUUACACGGGUGACUAGUGACUUUCUAGACAUGGAAGUUGUUCGACUUAGAAAAGAUCCAGUAAGCACUAAAUUGUUACUGGACUAUGCUGUUUUAGGCACGAGCGGUAUUUAA